AUGCGCACUUCAACUUUGACUACCCUCGCUUUGGGCGCUGGUGCUGCUUCUGCAGCUUCUGUCAAAAGAGCAAGCAGCUUGCCUACGAUCUCUGUCAAGGGAAAUGCAUUCUUUGCUGGCAACGACCGAUUUUACAUUCGUGGUGUCGACUAUCAACCCGGUGGUUCCUCCGACGUGGCAGACCCCAUCGCCGACGCGGACGGCUGCCAGAGAGACAUUCCGGAGUUUCAAAAGUUGGGAAUCAACGCUAUCCGAGUCUACACUGUUGACAAUACCGCAAAUCAUGACACAUGCAUGAAUGCCUUGGCGGAUGCUGGCAUCUACCUUAUCUUGGACGUCAACACCCCCAAGUAUUCCUUGAACCGAGCCGACCCUGGUCCAUCCUACAACGAUGUAUAUCUCCAGAGCAUCUUUGCCACGAUUGACGCUUUCCAAGGCUAUAGCAACACCUUGGCUUUCUUCUCUGGCAACGAAGUCAUCAACGACCCUUCGACCUCGGCAGCUGCGCCCUACGUCAAGGCUGUCACUCGUGACAUCAGAGGGUAUAUUCAAGCCCAGGGUUACAGGACCAUUCCUGUGGGUUACUCUGCCGCCGAUGUGGCCGAGAACCGUUUGGAAAUGGCCGAGUACAUGAACUGUGGCACAGACGAUGAGCGCUCGGAUUUCUUCGCCUUCAACGACUAUUCCUGGUGCGAUCCUUCGUCCUUCACCCAGUCUGGCUGGGACCAAAAGGUCAAGAACUUCACGGGCUAUGGUAUUCCCAUCUUCCUUUCGGAGUAUGGUUGCAACACCAACACUCGGGACUUUGGCGAGGUUGUGGCUCUCUACAGCAGCCAAAUGACCCCUGUCUACUCGGGAGGCUUGGUCUAUGAAUACUCGGAGGAGGCGAGCAACUAUGGGCUGGUUGAGAUCAAUGGCAACUCUGUCACUGAAUUGCCCGAUUUCGGCACUCUCGAAAAACAAUACGCUGCCAACCCUAACCCUUCAGGUGAUGGCGGCUAUAACUCGACUGGCGGUGCAUCUGGCUGCCCUGCUUACUCGUCACCCAACUGGCUCGUCGAGAAUGAUUCUCUCCCCGCCAUUCCUGAUGGUGCGAAAAAGUACAUGACUAAAGGUACGACCGCUGGCAAAGGACCUGGUCUUACUGGCGCAGGCUCCCAGAAUGCGGGUGGUGCUUCUACUGGAACCGCUACCGCAGGCAGCGGAGCUGCCACUCAAACUGGCAGCUCUAGCACCAGCAGUGGUACCAGCAAUGCGGCUGUUUCCGUGACGAUUCCCGAAAUGUCGGCUGCUCCUUUGGUCUGCGGUGCGCUCGUGGCCAUGUUUACGCUGUUUGGCGCUACCUUGUUGUAA